CCUUUCAGGCCCUAACCUGUUUCGAAUUUUCUGAGUAAUCUUCUAGUAUCUUGAUAUGGAGGACGUCACUUUUGACUCUAUUCUGAUUAACGCCAUCUUCAAGUCCGUCUGGAGCGAAAGGGCUCUUGAGCGUGAAAAAGCUGAAUUCAACGAUGUUUUAGACUCAGAGGCAGGAGCUGGAUCAUCCAAGAAGAUUAGGCCAACAUCUGCUAAUGCAAAUGCGCUGAAGCUUAGCUGUGAACUUCUCCGGCUUUUUGUCACAGAAGCUAUACAGAGAGCUGCUGCAAUUGCAGAAUCAGAGGGCACCGAUCAAAUAGAAGCUACUCAUUUGGAGAGCAUUCUUCCUCAGCUGCUUUUGGAUUUUUAACGCUUGUGAUGACACCUUAUAUACAAUUUUGUCUAUAUUUGGU